CAGCUGUGUUGUUUUCGCCGACUGUGUCGGUGCUCAAAAUCGUGGCAUGUCAUCAUAGUCUUUAUUGUUGAUGCUGACAAAUAUUGUUGUGGAUUGAAAUGCUCCCUUUGCAUACUGGCGAUAAGUACCGGCCUGGAUCGAAAAUAAAAGAAAAACUUUGCGGUUGGAUCAGCUGCCUGAACCUUAUAUUCCACUUGUUUCUAAACCUGCUUCACUAGUUGUAAUGUUGCUUAGUCGUAUCAGAUCUGAAGGGAAUUUACAUAGAAGAACUAAACUGCGUAGUGUAGCAUCAUUUCAUGGCCUGAGUCGUAGCGAUUAUCAAAAUUUCUGUCACUGUUGCAGGCCUGAAAAAUUAGGUAUAGUCAGGUUAAUAUUUUCUGAAAAAACAUCGAGACGACUUCUUGGCUUCCUGCUUUUGAAUUUAUCAUUUGCCUUUGUGGAGCUCUUGUAUGGAAUAUGGACAAACAGCUUAGGUCUCAUCUCUGAUUCUUUUCAUAUGUUCUUUGACUGCACUGCAUUGCUUGCUGGUUUAGUUGCAUCAGUUAUUUCAAGAUGGAGAGCUAAUGAAACCUUUUCUUAUGGAUAUGUCCGGGCUGAGAUUUUAGCUGGUUUUGUCAACGGACUUUUUCUCCUAUUUAUAGCAUUCUUCAUAUUCUCUGAGGCUGUGGAGAGAGCUGUUGAACCUCCAGAAGUGAAACAUGAGCGCCUUUUCCUAGUAUCAGUGGGAGGCUUUAUUGUUAAUCUUGUUGGCAUCUUUGCAUUUCAACAUGGGCACUCUCAUGGAGGUGGAGAUCACGGUCAUUCACAUGGAUCUCAUAGCCAUGGAUUAGGCCUUGAUGUUGAAGAAGAUCAUGGCCACAGUCAUGAAAGUCAUGGCCAUGAGAGCCAUGGUCACAGCCAUGAAAGCCAUGGACAUAGUCAUGACAGCCAUGGCCACGGUGGACAUGGCCACAGCCAUGGGGGAGCAGCUCCAAUACCAAGCAAUACUGCCAAAGUUGCACAGGCACAGAUAAUGCAAGGUGUUUUUCUCCAUAUUUUGGCUGACACAUUGGGCAGUGUUGGUGUAAUUAUAUCAUCAGCUCUUAUACAUCAGUUUGGGUGGAUGAUUGCUGACCCAGUGUGCUCUAUGUUUAUAGCUGUUCUAAUUGGCAUGAGUGUGUUGCCCUUACUGCGAGACUCCAUAGGUAUUCUAAUGCAGAGGACACCACGACCAUUAGACCAUGUGUUACCUAGCUGUUACCAAAGGGUGAGCCAACUUGAAGGUGUGUAUAGUGUACAGGAACCACAUUUUUGGACCUUGUGCACAGAUGUGUAUAUAGGAACAAUAAAACUGGAGGUGGCCACCAAUGCCGACACUAAAUACAUUCUUAGCCAAACACAUAAUAUUUUUACACAGGCUGGGGUGAGGCAACUAUAUGUACAGAUAGACCACUCUCCAAUGUAGAUCUGAUGAUUGAGGAUGUUGUUUUAACUGGAUUGCAAAGCUCUCAAUGUUAUGCUUAUAUUUUACAUGCAGAAGUCAAUAGAAAAUUAAAUUGAUCUUAGCUACUACUUUAGUUAAUAGUUUGACCUCCAUCUUACUUGAUUUACACAUACUAUUGCUAAUGCCAUCUGUGUAAUAAAUUAAUCUGAUUAAUGCAUUUGCCAAUUAUUGUUUUUCAAUCUUCCAAAUUUUACGUCCUUUAGCCUUUUAAUUUUUUUUAUUUAAGAAAAACUUAUUGUUUUUUUUUUAGCUUAGUCAUUGAAAAAAGCCAUAUUUUUAAAUCUGUUAACAUUUGUCUUAGUGUAUUGUUACAUGGAACUGAAAGAUUACCAAUUCAAUUUUUACUACUUCUAAAGUGUAUAGAAUAUUUAAUUUAAAAAAUACUUGCUGCAUUCAGCCCAUGUGGUUUUGAAAGUUUAAUCAUGCAUUUGUUUUGUUGUUGUACUUGUUAAACAUAAUCAACAAGCAUUUUAGUAAGGUAUUUAUGUGUAUCAUUACAACCUGAUAAAGUACUUUGGAGAGUUUGGUAUAGAUAUUUUGUUUGAAGAUUUUCUAUGUAUAUCAUAGAUACAUGUGUGUAUGUAUAUAUAUAUAUUUAGUUCAAUAAUGGUGAUGGACAGGUCUUGUUAUUUUUUUCUUAUUGUUAUCGUGUGUUUAAUUUUCUCAUUGUGAUAAGUUAGAGAAUUUAAGUGCUGUCCAAUGCCUUGUGCCUUGAGAUAGCUUGAACUGUACAUUUUACAUCUUAGAAAGCAUUCGUAAAUACUUCACAUCAAAUUAAUCAUCUUACACUUACAGCAAUAUGAAAAAGUUAAAUAUAUUUUAAAGUUCCUUUUUAUUGCACUGUUCUCAUCACCUCCAAGGGUAAAGUAAAAUCACAUUGUUUCUUAGCAGUCUUGUGGCUCAUAAUGAAAAUAUUAUUUGUUUGAUAAAUUAUGAUAACUUCAAUCAAGGUGUGCUGAGCCAUUGUUAUUUGUUGAAUAUUUUGGUCUUUAAAUUCAUGGAAGGAAUUAAAUUCAAACAGUAUUGUGAGAUUUUAGUGAUGCCAAAGCCUGUUACUUUUUACAGUAUAUAAAAGUAUUUAAUGUGUAGUCUUUUUUUCUAUAAAAAAAAAUAUUUAAAUACUAAAAAAAAGUUUUUUAGGUUGAAAACCGGUAUACUUGAAUUUCUUAGAUUUAAACAGAAAAAAGAAUUUUUAACAUACUAAUGCAGAACUAUCUUCUGUAAUUUUAUCUACAAGUCCUGAAAAUGUAUUUACAAAUGUGUAAAAUAGCUAUUUCAAACUGAACUGUGUAUCAUAGUAAUUAUUCACAUGGUGUCAUUGCAUCUGUAUUUUAGUUGCUUUUAACAUUUGCUUUUUGUCUGAAACAAUUUGUAACUUUCAACAUUCAUUUUAGUUUUAGCUUACUAAAAAAAAUUUUUGCCCACUGUAAAUAUUGUAUAAUUAUUGUGGCAAUAUGUUCUCAUCAACUGAAAUAGAUUAUUCUGCUUUCACCUUUUUAAAAACUAUCUUAUUUGUUAUUGUUUCAUUAUCUACAGUAUAGAAGCUAUUCACAGCGUGAGGCUGAUGUAACUUUUUAAUUGAAAGCAAUAUUAGUUACAUGAGAAAAAAGUUAAUAUUUCUGAUAGUAUUAGACUUAAUUUUAGUAGAAAGUUUAUUUGCUGUGAUUGUGGAACUGUGUCACUGUAUAACAAACGCUUAUCUAAGACUAAUUUGAUCAAAAAAAAUGCAUUUAUUAUGUUUUAAGAAACAGGCCUUUUUUUUUUUAAUUUCAGUUCCUAUUUGUUGUCCUCUUCUCUUAAAGAUAAUCAAUUAACAAGUCUAGUCAUUGAACUCAUAUUGUUUAAAGUCUGCUACUGUUUGUCUUGUGUUAUCUGUUAAUACAUUUUGUACACAUUAGUAGAUUUACAUUUAUGAACAUUAAAAACAAGUAUUUAAUUUAAAAGCUGACUAAUGUAAUAUUGGAAUACACCAGGUGCAGACUAUUAUGUUUUAUGUAGUGGACGUUAAUUAUGCUGAUUUUUUAUCAUUUGUAGGAUUGAUAAGUUGGUAACUUAAUUAAAUAUUUAAAUUAUUUUAAUCGUUAAAAAUGAGACCAAUUUGCACAAUAUUUUAAAAAACUUUUUCAACAAAUAAAAAUACCAUUACACUUGCAAUGUUUUAGCAUUUUUCUGUGUGUAAAUUUGAGAAUUAUUUAAAAUGAGUUAAUAAAAACCAAGUUAUUUCUAUAAAUAAAUUGACCAAUUAAACUGUCAACAGUUUUUAAAUGUAAAGAUUUAAAAUCUGUUACAGUGUUAUCAUUACGUUUACUUUAUUCUAUUUGACAUCAUCUAGGCUCUAAACAUGGUAGAACUGAUAUAAAUCAAGUAUUUAUUUUUUAAAAUUUCAUAUUGAAAGUGCUUCCUGUUGAUCACAUAUACUGCUCGUGUAAAUACUAAAUGUGGUUAAUACCAGUAUUUAUUCUUUUGUAGAAAAUAAUAUUCAAUUUAUUGGUACUUACUAGAUUCAAUAGAAUUACCAUCUAGAAGAGUUAUGUUAAAAAUAUGAGAAUGAAUUUUGAUUUCAGUGUUUGAACAGGCUGUAUUUAGCAGUUGUUGUUUUUAAAUGGGUAUAGAGAAUUAUGUUGACCAUAUGAUUUUUUUCUUCAGUUCAUAGAAGGAAUAAAUGUUUAUUAAGCUAUACAAAGCCACUUAGAAUUUAUUCAUGCAGUAGCUAAAUAUUGAACAAAAUCAGUUGUUUUCUAAUGUGUACAUUCCAUGACAAAACAAUUAUGAUAAUCAUUCUGGUGUUGGUAUUUUAUUCAAUUUUUAAAUUUUCACAUAAACUUAUUUCUGUUUCAUUUGUAAAUUGAUACUCUAAUUUCGGUUUUUGUUUGUUAUUUCUUUUUUGGUACUGUUUUUCCCUUAAAAACCACCUUAAAAUUUGGUUGUUUUUUUUUUAAAUGUUAUUUCACUCACUAUCAUCUUAGAAUUGUCUUGUUUUCAAAUACUGUAUAACUACCAGUUAUAAAUUUUUUAAUGGUACCAUCAUGUAUUCGAAGAGUAUUCAGAAAAAUCUUGUGCUUAACACCAGCUAAUUUAUCUUGUGGUCUUUGUUUUGAUGCUAAACAACAUUGCAAAUAAAUGUAAACCUGAUCAGCAACAUCUAA